CUUCCCUGUCCUCACUGUGCAGUCCCCGACUGAUCCCAGAGAGAGCAGAGGGUGCGUUUGAUUUUUGUCUCAGAGCAGGAUGAGUGUUGUGAAGAGAGCCGUGCUGCUGAUGCUGCUGCUAGCGGCGAUCGGCAGCUUCGCCACGGCGGGCCCCGAAGACUGCCACGGUCUGAACGUAACGCUGCAAACAAAAGACAUACACAAGGUGAGUCUGAUUCUGCUCCUACAAUUAGGGCUAAAGGGUGGUACACACACACACACACACACACACAUACUCUGUCUGAACAGACUCAACGAUGACAACAAGACGGUUACGGUCACAGAGAGGAGCAUGUACACAGACCAGUCAUGUGUCACCUACUUCAUCAACAUGACGAUGCCCACUGACCCGCUGGACAGCACCAUGACCACCUCUCCUGGUGCCAUGGAGAAGGACGGACUUCUUGAGGUGUACAACGAGACAGGGACUGUGACUUUCUUUGAGACCUGCCCCGACUGUCUGUCGAUGGUCUUCAAGGACAGCGAGGGACGAUUCCUGCUCAACUACAGGAGGGAGGGGGAUCACCGUGAUGUUGAGAAGUUGAAAGCAGACCACAGCGAUCACCACAAACUGGCCGCCUGUCUGGGAUUGCCCGCCAACGCCAACCCAUUCAACUACGACGGAGCUGCAGAUUUCUGUCAUAAGAAAUCAUCCCCAGAGGUGGAGCCAGAAGCGUCCUGAGUGAAGACGUUGGAGCAAAACAAACAUAUUUCAGAUAUGUCCUCCACCAAUACAAUAAAAGAUAAUACUACAACCUG